UACUCCUCUUAGGUCCAACGUUGUCCCCCAGUUCUUUUGUGACGUCUCUGCUCUGCUGAUGAUCUCCUGCUCCGAGGACUACGUUGCUAUGGGCGUGAGCAUGACCAGAGGGGUAUUGUUAGCCAUCGUCUGCUUCGUGCCCAUCGUCGUCUCUUACAACCACAUUUUCUGGGCCGUGCUGAGGAUGACGGCCACUGAGGGCCAGGCCAAAGCCUUUUCCAUCUGCCUGCCUCAACUCACCGUCGUCGUUGCUUUUUUCUCUACCUGGACUUUCGCCUACCUCAAACCGCUCUCGGACUCCCCCUCAACGCUGGACCUGCUGGCGUCCGUGUUAUACACUGUGGUGCCCCCCUCCCUCAAACCCCUUAUCUACAGUCUGAAGAAUAAAGAUAUGAAAUCUGCCCUCUGGAGGUCCUAA